UUGAUUCGAUGUUUGUUCUUGAAUAUUGACUCGCUAGUAAUUUAAUUAAGGGGAGUGGUUGUUGGUGAGGCUGGCAGUUUUGAGAAAGCAAAACGACAGUGUAGUGUGUGGGUUCGUUGGGAGGAUGGAGUUGCAACGCAACAACUCAUUGUCGUCGCCAUCGUCGUCCAACUCCUCCUCCAUCGGAAUCACGCAGAAAACCCCUUCUUCGUCGGUGGACCCAAUGCACUCAUGGUGGGAAUCGGUCUCCAAGGCUCGCUCCCGCAUCCACGCCCUCGCCGCCAUCCUCCCCUCCUCCGACUCAAUCACCGCCCUCGCUGACUCCGACCGCCCCGCCCUCUCCCUCCUCUCAUCCCACGCCGCAUACACCGCCAUCUCCUCCUCCCUCUCUGGCACCCACUCCGACCCACUCUGCCACUGGCUCUACGACACCUUCCUCUCCUCCGACCCCCAUCUCCGCCUCGUCGUUCUCUCCUUCGUCCCCCUCCUCUCCGCCCUCUACCUCUCUCGCAUCCACUCCUCCAACCCUCCCUCCCUCGCCGGCUUCGAAGCCCUCCUCCUCGCUCUUUACGCCGCCGAAACCAAAUCACGUAACGGCAAACCCUUACUCGUCACCGUCCCCGACCUCUCCCACCCUUCCAUCUACCACUCCCCCCUUCGAAAACCCUCUUCUCCUUCCCCCUCCUCCAUCGGUGUUAUCUCCCCUCCAUUAGAGCCUCAACUCGCCGUCAAAUCCACCAAACGCGCUUGCAUCGUCGGCGUCGCCCUCCACUCCUUCUUCUCCCAGAUCUCCCACAUGCCAAGCUGGUCCAAACUCGAAUUCUCUCGCUUCGCCGCUGCCUGGGCCGGCCAGGACUGUCCCUGCAGAACCGAAUUCGAUCACAAGAACGACAGUAACAGUAACAGCGACAGCGAGCUCCGUGACAGUGACGGUAACGACGGCGAGAUUGAGGAGGUUGUGGAAGGGAUGAGGAAUGUGCAGAUUCAGGAAGGUUCUGUUAGUGAGGAAAAGGGGGAGAGGAUCCCUUUGCCUUGGGAGAUUCUGCAGCCGACUUUGAGAAUCUUAGGGCACUGUUUGUUGGGUCCGUUGAACUCUGAGGAGGUGAAGGACGCAGCUUCUUAUGCAGUGAGGUGUUUGUACGCGAGGGCGUCACACGAUUUGGUGCCUCAGGCGAUACUCGCGACGAGGAGUCUCAUUCAGCUUGAUAUCAGGACUCGUGAGGCUGCCAAGGCUGCUGCUGCCAAUGCCAAUGCUAACACCCCCACCAAGGUUAAGAAGCCUGAAAUUCUCUUGGUUUCCAAGUGAGGAUGUGUAAUUCACACUGUCUCUUGUGCUUUACUGUAAGCUGAAUUCAUUAUUGUAUCAUAGUAUCUUCAUAGGUGUCAUUUUUUUUCUUUUUUAAUUCUUAUAAGUUAAUAUUUUUUUGGCUGAGUGUUUAGGUAGAUGUAUUGACUUUGUUUCUUGAUAGAAUUAUGAGGUCUGUCAUUCUGUUGUGCCAUGGUUUGAUUUAUAAUGCGUGUGGUUGUGCAGUUUCUGUGUGGUGUGUGCCUUUUUUGUCUUUGGUUUAUUGUUGUAUUCUGUAAAGAUUGAGGAAAUCGAAUGGGGUGUUCUCGAUGAGUCAUAAUUUACUUAGGGGGUUUUGCUGGAGAUUUUAGUUUCCCUAGAUUAUGGUGGUCUGAUCAGGUGCUUUGCUUUUCUAAUGUUAAUAUUUUAUUCAUGUUUAUAUGUUUGUUUUGAAUAUGCUAAGGAGUCAAGGUUUCUGUACUAUUGCUUAUGAGCUUAUCCAUAUUCCAGACUGACAAUGCCAACUGUAUAGUUACUAUUAGAAGAUUAAAUAUGAAUCAUCAUAUAUAUAAUAUGACGUUGAUCCUGCAUUCCUGCUGCAUUUGUUGGGUAUAACAUAAAUGAUAUUCCGCCUCUAGAAUAUUGUAUUCUUAGGAUGAAAGGGAAGGCUAUAAAGGGGAUUAACCCCCUUAGUGGGGGUAUGGAAAGUGUGCCUCACUUAACAACCUGGUGCCCACUCAUCAGCAGCAGGGUAUUUGUAAUGCAAGGGGAAAUUUGAUUAGAACGGAGGGAUUAGAAGUGAUGAGAGCAGAAAAGGGAUAAGGAAGUUUUUGGAUUGUUCUGGUUUGGUAAAGAGUAGGCAAUCUUGAAUUUUCUUGUGCUAUCUUUGCUUCUGGGUUGGGUACUACUUGUAUAGACACAUACCCCUCUGAUUUCUGAUAUUUUGUAGAUAUCACUUGGAUUGGGAUUUUAUACCAAAAUAUCAAUACUACAGUUUUACCCAUGAUUUUCUGUUCUAUUGGAGGAUGUGCAAACAAUUUUUAUAGUUGGUUGAUGCUUGCCAUAAAGAUACAGUGGAAUUUUAUGUUGUCAAAAAUUUCACCUUAGUACCCAUUACUCAUUAGAAGAAAUUAUGGAAAAACACAUCAUGAAGAAUAAUACUCCCUACCCUAGGAUAAUUUGAACCCCCGUACAGUAUGACAAUUGUGGAUCUAGAAAUCUCAAGUUUAUGUGAGUAAUCAGUUUGACAACAGUUUUAUGUGCUGAAAAUAGAAACUUCAAUUUGCUCAAUCCUUCUCAUCUAUCAAGUGUUGAACUCUUGUUAUCAGAUUGCUAUUUUGGUGUGGCUUCUAAGCCCUGAUACAAAAUAAUUUUUUUUUUUAUUUCAUUUUGGUCAAGCAGUGAAGGGCACUGUAGAGUUUACUCCUUGUUAACAGAUUCAUUGUUGGUGCUUAGAUAUUAAAAUGUAGUGUUAUAUUUACUUUUAUAUAUUGUCUCUUGGGUCAUUAUGAACUAAGAUAUAUGUACGAGUAGGGUAUAUUUUAAAAUGAAUUGGGCCUAACUCUAUCCAUUAAGCUAACUCAAGGGGGAAGGAUUGUCCCAAUCUAUCUUAUAGGGACUGUUUUGGUCUUAUUCUUAGCUAAUAUGGGUUCCUAACACCUCCCUCAACCUAGGAAUGAACAUCUAGAACAUGAAGUUUGUAGAAUUGGAUUUUUGUGGGUGACCCAACAUCAAUAAGACUUCAACCAUUGAUACGAUGUUAAAAAUGGACUGGGUCUAAUUCAACCCAAAGGACUGCUUUGGCCAUAUUCAUAGCUAGUUGAUAUAUGUGAUUUGAAUGGUAUUUUUAGUGUUAGUGGGUGGCCGAAGAUUAAAGGCUGUACAUGCUAAUUACCCUGGUUUUCGUUACACGUUCUGGACCAUUAAAAACAAAGAUUGGAAGGGAAUGUGAACAUGAAUGUUAAACAUCCAAGGAGUUUGUGUGAAGCAAUAAAAAUUUGUGAACUUUGAAGGUAGCAUCCUUAAGUAUGGUAUGCCUUUUUAGUUUGAAUUGUUUUAGAUCAAGGAUAGGUUGGAUAAAAUACAACAACUAUAACCAAAGUCUUUUCCCACUAAGUGGAGUUGGCU